AUGGAGACAGCCUGUGCCUCGCAAGGAGGUGCCCUUGCUUGCGUGUGUCUCUACAUCACCCUGCCAGGGACCACGCAACAGCGGCUCGGUGCUGGCGGAAGCGGCGCCCGUCUCCCGGCCCGUCCCUGCCCGGCGCGUCCCGCGGCGCUCGGACGCUGCUGCCGCUCCCGGCCCGCGCCCGCCGACGCGGAGUUACCUGCAGGAGCCGCGUGUCCGCGAUGCUCGGCCGGCGCCGGCGACUCUGCAACCGCCUUCCCGCCGCGGGCCGAGGGGGCCGGCCGGGAAGUGACGUCACUGCGCCCCCGCCCCGCCCCCGCCCCGCGCCGCAGCCAGGCGGGCCCCGCCGCUGGCCCCGGCCCCGGCCCCGGCCCCGCCGCUCCCGCCGGCUCCCCGGCUGCUCUGCUGGGCCUGGGCGGCGCCCGGCUGCUGGGGCUGCUCCGAGCGCUGCGGCCCCGAGCCGCCCUCCCCGUUGACGGGAAGGCAGUGCUAAUAACCGGCUGUGACAAAGGCUUUGGACAUGCUUUGGCAAAGGAGCUGCAUGCACAGGGAUUCACUGUCUUUGCUGGCUGUUUGCUGAUGGGUGAGAAUGGAGAUGGCGCCAGGGAGCUGGAGAGCAUGAAAUCAGAUCGCAUGAAAGUGCUGCAGCUAAAUGUGUGCAGUGACCAGGAAGUGGCUCAGGCUGUAGAGUUUGUGAAGAACAAUCUGAAGGAGCCGGAGAAAGGUCUCUGGGGCUUGGUAAAUAACGCUGGAGUAUCAGCCUUCGGAGAGGUGGAAUUCACAAGCAUAGACAAGUACAAGGAGGUGGCUGACAUCAACUUGUGGGGAACUGUCAGAGUGACCAAGGCUUUCCUGCCCCUUGUUCGAAGAGCUAAAGGUCGUGUGGUGAACAUCACCAGCAUGUUAGGGCAGAUGGCCAGCCCUUCCCGCUCCUCCUAUUGCGUUUCCAAGUUUGGCGUGGCAGCCUUCUCCGACUGCCUCCGGCAGGAAAUGUACCACUGGGGUGUCCAUGUCAUCCUCAUUGAACCCAGCAACUUUGUAGCUGCUACUGGCAUUCUGACACGUGAGAGCAUCGAAGCCCAAGCAGAGGAGCUGUGGAGAGGAGCCAGCAAAACUGUCCGGGAAGACUAUGGGAAACCUUUCACACAGCAGAUAACCCUGAUGAAGACCUUCAUUAACAGCGGCCUGAGGGACAUGUCACUCGUCCUGAACGACAUCACGGAUGCGCUCACUUCCAAGUACCCUUACACCCGGUACAAUCCCAUGGAGGCCCACUGGCGCGUGAGGCUGCACGUCAUGACUCACCUGCCCACCGCACUUGCAGACUGGCUGUAUAUUUACUGAGCCACACUUUAAAUAACUGGCCUGACAGCACCCACUCCCUGUGUGUAUUCGGAUCUUAAAAUUGAUCAGUGGUAUUUAGAGACGGACCAGCUCCAGAACACCACGUCUCUCUGCACGAGGUGGUUUGGGCAGGGUCAGGGCUUCGGCCCACGUCUGGGUUGUGGAACACUGAGAAAAGACUGGUUCUGGCCCCUUCCUACUCCUCACUCGGUCAUACUCCCUGCUGCUCCAAGGGCUUUUCCACUGCGCUGUAGAGGUGGCAGGGGAAGGUUUGUUAUAAUGGGACAAAUCUGUUCCUGGUGUAAUGAGGCCAGCUGAGCUCCCUCCAGCAUGGAUUUCUCUCAUUAAUGGGAUCUUGCCAAGGUCAGGCUGGUUGUGGCAAUGCUCGUAGAUAUCUCAAAGAAAAGAGCUAAAAUGGGAAACAAAAGCAGCGUUUUCCAUUAGAUCAGAACUAGGUCAGUCACAACUUCUCUGCUCCCCACCCUCGUGAUAUUGCUGAGUCACACGACUCCACAGCCGUCUCUAGGGAAAACAGCAGCAUGACCUCUAAAUGGCUUAAUUAUGCAGGGUCAA